ACCGAUAAUAAUGCAAAACGGUAUUAACUCUGUAGAGUUUCAAUCUCGCGCGCGUUCGUAACCUAUUGUCAAAUCAACCCUCCGCCAUUAUCGCGCAUGCGUACUAGUCAAAUCAAUAACAGAGGGGUGUUAUUGGGGUGAACUAGAGCUCUCAGCUCCGUCGUACUGACGGACAUUUACAAAGAUGUGGCUCAAAAUAUACAUUAUCACCUUCCUCUCGUACAUAUCAUUAACCUACGCGAACUUAGAAGGCCCGUUCCUCUUCUUCGGGCCGAAAUCUUUGGAGAAAUUCCGAAGACCGGCGUUGAAAUACCUGGACCAAGAUGACCUGAUGAAGAUAUACAGUGAGCAAGCAGCUAUAGUGGUGUUCAACAACCAGGAUAGUGUACCCCUGUCGAGUGGUUCCUUCCCGCGGCUACGCAAGCUGGUUGAGGGUCAGAGUAUGCUGGUCCUGCCACAAGACUUCCUGGAUGUUCACCCCGACUACAUCAGCAAUGAGACCCAGGUGCUGACACUGCAGGGUCCGUGGUCGGAGCGCGACGCCCAGAUGACGGAGACGUUCGCUCGUCUGCAGGACAUAUAUGGAGCUGGUCGAGUGCUCGGCAUACUGGGUAAUUCAGUAUCGCAGUCUGCGGAGUACGAUAGCGAGUGGAACCGCGUGCGGAGGCAGGCGGAUGAAACUGGUACCAGCGAGCCUGAUGAUGAGAAGCCGAUACGCUCGCAGCAACGGUUCGCGCUUUACAAUGCUACUGGUCCGCCAGGCAAGGGCGCGCUGUUAUAUUCUUCCAGAUGGCCGGAGCUGCGGCUGGCGCCCGGGACUGACCGAGAGAGGCUAAUCGUGCUGUCCAACCCGGUCGGCGAGCAGACCGUGAAGCCCACCCGCCUCUAUACUAUCCUUGUUGUUAGAUUCGCUGAUGGGAAUAGCACUAGCAAGAUAACCAUUGAGUUCAGCUUCAAGCAGGCAGCGGGGUGGUGGCAGGCGGUGGGGGUGGAAGUCAAAUUCGGGUUGGAGACGGUGGGGCUCAACCUGCCAGCGCCGGCGCCGCCCGACGCGCCCGCAGCUGUGCUUGGAAGAGCCUACCAUUGUUCGCUGCCGCUGGUGUACUCCUCGGAUGAAGCUACACUCACCUUGCGGGAUGUUCGGAUGCAAGUGUACAUGGACAGCACUGAGAGGUUCGCGGAUGCCUUCGACUGCAUCGGGUUCACCACCGUGCCCAUCUGGUCCGGCCUGAUGGUGACAUUUAUCAUGGUGCUGGCCCUGGGCGUGUCCAUCUCGAUGAUCAUGGACAUCCGCACCAUGGACCGCUUCGAGAACAGCCGCGGCAAGCAGCUCACCAUCACUGUCAACGAGUAGACCACUCAGGGACGUGCCCGGUUCCCGUAUCUGUUGCUCCUAGAAUAUUUCCCCCAGGGUAAUAAAUAAUAUAACCAUUUAUUAUUCUGGGGCGCAGGAUUCGGGCCUGUUAGCACACUGAGUGCGUUUGCAAGUAAAAUUCCAGUGAAUUUCAUGUCUCAAGUAUUCUUUACUCUUGAUUAACUAUAGUAGAUUGAUGUCAGUCAGGCCUGAUAUGGGACCGAAGUCAACGGGUAGAGACCCGUUAAGGCAAUAUAAUAUAAAUAUGUCAUCCCAACGGGAUUAUCCCUAUAUGCACUAUAGGAGUGCACUCAAAAGACAAUUCCCGGUUCAUGUAGGACUAUUUUCAUCAUUAUUAUAAUUGCGUAUGGCAAAAAUUAUUAUUUUUAUGGAUUAUUAUUAUACAAAAUAAAUAAUUAGAAUUAUAAUUAUUAUCGGGAUAUUACUUACUUACUAAAAAUAAGUAUGUAUUCUAAAAACUCUCACGAAAGACGAAGAAAUGUACUAGGUGAAUGUGAUAUGUUUUAAUUCAAUGGAAAUUAUUGUGUUGGAAGUAAGUGAGUUGAUGAGGUUGGUACUCCACCUCACAACCCACACGAUAGAAGAAGAAGUGUGUUUGGAUAAUUUAGUAGAAAUAUAUGCUUAUACAAUAAUAAUCUGGGAGAAAUGUUUUUGGGGUAAGAGAUGGAUAAACCCAACUAGCCACAGAAGUGAAAGACAGUGACAAUUUGGAAGAACCUCUUCCUGGACCUCUGUCUGUAGCACACAGCUUAGAUAAAUUUGAAAAUACUGUAUAAUUCAGUGAAGAAUGGACAUAUUUUGCUUGUAUAAAGUGUUUAUAAAACUUUGCUUGAAAGCGGAUCUUUGGAAUAUUUUGAACGAUGACGAGUGUGAUUGUAUAGUAUUUACGUAUUCAUAGAAAUUAUGUUGAUGAAUAUAAUAAUAUCUUCCUGUAGUUCAAUAUCAAAUUUCAUAUCGAUAAGAUAACAUUGUUUUGAAUAUUAAUACUACCAAUAUUGUAUCUUUUAAAAGUAUAUAAGGCAAGAGUAGGUAUAAUCUCCUGCCUAUUACGCGCACUGUUGUAAAUAUUAUGUACCUCUUACUUAUUUUGUAAAGCUAGAGCUGUGGUAGCCCUGAGAACCGUGGUAGCCCAGAGAGCUGUGGUAACCCAGAGAGCUGUGGUAGCCCAGAGCGCUGUGGUAGUCUAGUUGGAAAAAUGCUUGACUCUCACUGUGAG